AUGGCAACGUGUCGGUGUGAACACCAGUCGCACUGUGGCACCGUCGGCGCCGCGAACGCAGAGGCGGUGCGCGGCAGUGGGAACGCCUGCCUGGCGGCUGGGACGGCCAGCAAAUGCGGUUGGAUGGGCGGCCACAGCACCGCACCUGUGCCCAAGGAGGCGACGCUGGCGGCGGGGCCCCCUCGGAUGCGGCCGGCUGGGGCUGUCAGAGGCGGUGCGCGGCAGUGGGAACGCCUGCCUGGCGGCUGGGACGGCCAGCAAAUGCGGUUGGAUGGGCGGCCACAGCACCGCACCUGUGCCCAAGGAGGCGACGCUGGCGGCGGGGCCCCCUCGGAUGCGGCCGGCUGGGGCUCAGAGGCGGUGCGCGGCAGUGGGAACGCCUGCCUGGCGGCUGGGACGGCCAGCAAAUGCGGUUGGAUGGGCGGCCACAGCACCGCACCUGUGCCCAAGGAGGCGACGCUGGCGGCGGGGCCCCCUCGGAUGCGGCCGGCUGGGGCUGUCAGAGGCGGUGCGCGGCAGUGGGAACGCCUGCCUGGCGGCUGGGACGGCCAGCAAAUGCGGUUGGAUGGGCGGCCACAGCACCGCACCUGUGCCCAAGGAGGCGACGCUGGCGGCGGGGCCCCCUCGGAUGCGGCCGGCUGGGGCUCAGAGGCGGUGCGCGGCAGUGGGAACGCCUGCCUGGCGGCUGGGACGGCCAGCAAAUGCGGUUGGAUGGGCGGCCACAGCACCGCACCUGUGCCCAAGGAGGCGACGCUGGCGGCGGGGCCCCCUCGGAUGCGGCCGGCUGGGGCUGUCAGAGGCGGUGCGCGGCAGUGGGAACGCCUGCCUGGCGGCUGGGACGGCCAGCAAAUGCGGUUGGAUGGGCGGCCACAGCACCGCACCUGUGCCCAAGGAGGCGACGCUGGCGGCGGGGCCCCCUCGGAUGCGGCCGGCUGGGGCUCAGAGGCGGUGCGCGGCAGUGGGAACGCCUGCCUGGCGGCUGGGACGGCCAGCAAAUGCGGUUGGAUGGGCGGCCACAGCACCGCACCUGUGCCCAAGGAGGCGACGCUGGCGGCGGGGCCCCCUCGGAUGCGGCCGGCUGGGGCUGUGUUGCGGGAAGCGAGCCCGUCGCGUGUCGUUGUCGUCGUCGUCGUCGUCGUCGUCGACGGGGUCGCGUGCGCUGUGAAUCGAGAGUGGCGGGAAAGGAGCAGCGUGCCGCUGUGUCGUGGUCGUUAG